ACUAUUAUAAAGUCUAUCUAUCGUAUAGGUGGUCAACAAUUAAUGGCACCUAAUAAGCGCGUGGUUCGAAUACUAGCAAGUUUGAUUCGAUAGCAUUUGAUUUCAAAUGUUUGAGAGGAAGGAUCAGAGCUAUCAAGAAGCUUUAAUUUGCAUUAGUCAUGAGAACUGGUGAGCUUCUGUUGUUCUUUUCCUUUCUUGUUUCUUUGGCGCUAUGGUUCCAACUCUGUUUCGCUGGAGAUACUUUGAUCGCUGGCCAGGAGAUAACUCAGAACAGGACUGGGAACCUUGUUUCAUCUAGCCGCACAUUUGAGCUGGGCUUCUUUUCUUUAAGUGGAGAAAAAAAAUACUACUUGGGGAUAUGGUAUCGCGAGUUGGAGAAGGAAACACAAAAAGCGGUAUGGGUUGCCAAUAGAGACAAGCCUGUUGAAGAUUCCAGUAGAGUUUUUCGAAUUGCAGAGGAUGGAAAUAUGGUGGUAGAAGGUGCUUCAUCAAAAAGAUAUUGGUCCUCUAAACUUGAAGCCUCCUCGUCCAAAAACACAACAGUGAAGCUCCUAGAUUCAGGGAACCUAGUACUAAUGGACGAUAACUUGGGAAUUACGAGUUACCUGUGGCAGAGCUUCCAAAACCCAACAGACACGUUUCUACCUGGCAUGAAAAUGGAUGCAAAUUUAUCGUUGAUUUCUUGGAAAGACGCCACUGACCCCUUGCCUGGGAACUUCUCCUUUAAGCUGAUUCAUGGUCAAAAGUUCGUAGUGGAAAAGCACUUAAAGCGUUACUGGACACUUGAUGCAAUUGAUUAUAGAAUUGCUAGGUUGUUGGAAAACGCCACUUCGGGUAAAGUACCGUACAAAUUAUCAGGAAUAACUUUAUAUCCAGAGAGACCUUACAGAUACGGGAAAUCAAUGCUAUUAAUGAAUUAUAGCGGGGAGAUACAAUUUCUCAAGUGGGAUGAGGAUGACCGGCAAUGGGAUAAACGCUGGUCAAGGCCUGCUGACAAGUGCGACAUAUAUAACUGUUGCGGGAGCUUCGGCUUCUGUAACAAAAAUAAUUUGAAUCUGAAUCUGGAGCCUUGCAGAUGUUUACCAGGAUUCCGUCGCCGGCCUGCCGGAGAAAUCCAAGACAAAGGAUGUGUUAGAAAAUCAACAUCAUCGUGUAUCGACAAGAAGGACGUGAUGUUCCUGAACUUAACCAACAUAAAAGUUGGUGAUCUCCCAGACCAAGAAUCCUUUGACGGAACAGAAGCAGAAUGUCAAUCAUUAUGCCUUAACAAUAAUACCAAGUGUUCUGAGUCUCAGUGCCAGGCAUAUUCAUAUAGUAAUAGUACGUCAUAUGAUCGAGAUCACUCCUCGACAUGCAAGAUCUGGAGACGAGAUUUAUCUACUCUUCCAGAGAGGUACAAUAGUGAUUUUCUAGAGGAGUUCGUUCCUGGUCCUAUUCUGUCUAUCCUGGUUAAGAGAUCAGAUAUAGUACCUUAUGCAAAAUCUUGUGAACCAUGCGGCAUAUACGUGAUUCCUUAUCCGCUAAGCACUGGGCCAAACUGUGGAGACCCCAUGUACAACAACUUCAAUUGUAAUAAAUCGACAGGCCAAGUUACCUUCAAGAUACUGGGAGGAACAUCACACCAAGUUAUUUGGAUCGAUGAAGAUACCAGAAUGUUUUACAUUCAGCCAAAUGGUUCAUAUCCCUGUAAUUCCAGCAAUCAAAAUAUCACGCCUAAUUUUCCAUUUAAUGUAACUGAUCAGUGUUCUGAAGCUGAUGAUGAUGGAAAGAUUAAAAUUACUUGGCUACCAGCACCAGAACCGCCCUGUACUGAGCUAAUAGAUUGCCACAAUUGGCCCCAUUCGACAUGCAGAGAAACAAGGGAAGGAGGAAGCAGGUGCCGUUGUGACUCAAACUAUAAGUGGAAUAACACAAUCAUGAGUUGCACCUUAGAAGAGCAUUCAACCAACCAGCUGGAAUUGAUUCUUAUAGUAAUUCUUAGUGGCAUGGCUAUUCUGGCAUGCACAAUAGCAUUUGCCAUAGUGCGGAGAAAGAAAAAAGCUCAUGAGCUUGGUCAGGCAAAUGCUCGGAUUCAGGAGAGCUUAUAUGAGAGUGAAAGACAUGUGAAAGGUUUGAUUGGCUUAGGAAGUUUAGCAGAAAAAGACAUUGAAGGCAUUGAAGUACCCUGUUAUACCUUUGCAAGCAUUCUAGCAGCUACAGCUAAUUUUUCAGAUUCUAACAAACUUGGAAGAGGAGGUUAUGGGCCUGUGUAUAAGGGAACGUUUCCUGGAGGUCAAGAUAUAGCAGUAAAAAGGCUUUCAAGUGUUUCCACUCAAGGCUUACAGGAAUUCAAGAAUGAGGUUAUUUUGAUAGCAAAACUUCAACAUCGGAACCUUGUUAGACUCAGGGGCUAUUGCAUAAAAGGAGAUGAAAAAAUCUUACUUUAUGAAUACAUGCCAAACAAGAGCUUGGACUCAUUUAUAUUUGACCGGACACGAACUUUACUCCUGGAUUGGCCAAUGCGGUUUGAGAUAAUUCUAGGCAUUGCACGUGGCCUUCUCUAUCUUCACCAAGACUCGAGAUUGAGAGUGAUUCAUAGAGACCUCAAAACCAGCAACAUUCUUCUAGAUGAGGAUAUGAAUCCAAAGAUAUCAGACUUUGGCCUUGCCAAAAUAUUUGGGGGAAAAGAAACUGAAGCAAGUACAGAGAGAAUAGUUGGAACCUAUGGAUAUAUGGCUCCAGAGUAUGCCUUGGAUGGAUUUUUUUCAAUCAAGUCGGAUGUUUUCAGCUUUGGAGUAGUCCUACUAGAGAUUCUUAGUGGAAAAAAGAACACCGGGUUCUAUCAGUCCAAACAAAUUUCUAGCCUUUUGGGUCAUGCAUGGAAGUUAUGGACAGAGAAGAAGCUACUGGAUUUAAUGGAUCAAUCCCUUGGUGAAACAUGCAACGAAAAUCAAUUCAUUAAAUGUGCAGUUAUUGGGCUAUUAUGUAUACAAGAUGAACCAGGUGAUCGACCCACUAUGUCAAAUGUUUUGUACAUGCUUGACAUAGAGACAGCAACCAUGCCAAUUCCCACGCAACCAACCUUUUUUGUGAACAAGCAUUUUUCUAGUUCAGCUUCCUCUUCUAGCAAACCAGAAAUAAGUCUGCAAUUUGAGAGUAGUUAUCAAGAAGGUCGAUAGUCCAUGAUGGAUCCUAUAGUUAGAAUAUAAAUAAAAUAAGAAAAAUUUAGAGACAUGUAUUAUUUUUAAGGAUUGUUGUUAUCUUAUAAUUCAUUUCCUUUUUAACAAAGAGUACAUGAUUUGGUCUUAGCAUAAAGAAGAGUAUCAUUUUAUUUUACUGUGUAAAUAUUCAUGUUUAA